AUGGACCCCUACAGCGCCGAGGGCGAGCUCGUCAACAUCCACAACCACUUCCACCAGGGCCAGUACCAGGAAGUCGUCGAUUUCGACACCUCCGCCUUCUCAGCCGAGAAUGCCCUGCCAGCCCGCGUCCUCGCCCACCGCGCUCGCAUCGCCCUGGGCCAGGCCGAUGAUGUGAUCGCAGACGUCCAGGGCGAGUCGGAACCGGAGCUAGCCGCCGUCGGUGCGCUGGCUCAGUUCAGCCUGGGCAAGACCGAUGAGGCGGUCAAGACGAUCGAGGAGCUCGCGAGCUCGGCGGGCGACAACGCUGCGGUGCAGGUCAUGGGAGGCACAGUCCUGCAGGCAGCUGGCAGGAGCGAGGAGGCGCUGGCACUGUUAUCACAACAUUCCGGCAACCUUGAUGCGGUCGCCUUGAUCACACAGAUUCACCUCGAGCAGAACCGGACAGAUCUUGCGCUGAAGGAAGUCAGGGCGGCGCGGAGCUGGGGCCAGGACAGCCUCUUGGUCAAUCUGGCAGAGUCUUGGGUGGGCGUAAGAGUGGGCGGUGAUAAAUACCAGCAGUCUUUCUACGUCUUCGAGGAGUUAGCACAAGCGCCGGCAACGUCGUCCACGUUAUCCCUGGUUUCACAAGCAGUCUGCGAGCUUCACCUGGGACGAGUCGAGGAGGCCCAGAGUGCGCUCGAGCUGGCCAUUCAGAAGGAGCCCGAGUAUGCAGAGGCUAUUGCCAACCUCCUGGUGCUCACUGUCGUUAUCGGAAAAGACCCGACGGACCUCAAGGCAGCCCUCCAGAAAGCUGCCCCGUCGCAUCCUUUCCUGACCGAUCUGGAAGAGAAGAGUGCUCUUUUCGACAAGGCUGCGGCCAAGUACAGCCCCAAAGUGUCGGCAUAA